AUUGAUUCUAACAACUGAAGUGUUUAAGAACUAACAUGUGACCAGUUAAGCCAACAAAAUAAAUGUCGUAAAACAGAAAGAAACCUUCAAAGAUUUUACCAUCAACUGGCAUGGAAACAUGGCGACCCAUUACGUUGCUAUGCUAGUCAUGUUCUACUCCAAGGCGCAGUGGAAACUAUUUUUUGUGCUGGUGGCGUAUUGUGUUUUGAGACUAAAUUCUCUGCCAUUACCUGAUGAAGCGAGAAAACUGGAGGACUCUCAGUCUGGUAAGAUUUUAAAAUAAAUUUCAGUCGUUUCUUCUCAUUGCUUUGUUUGUUACUCUUGUUAGAGAAUUGACAAACUAAAAUAUUAGGUUUAACUGUUCCGCCAUAGACUUGGGUCUAAUUGAAGUGGUUCAAAAGGGUCUCAAGUGGGGUCUGACGAUUCCAUGGUUUGACUCUUCGACUCCCACGAGCGUUCAGUACGUUAAUUCUCCUGGCAAUUUUCAUAUAUUAUCAAUCAAAGCAAGCGAGAUUCUGGGGCUUAGUAUUGGCAUCAUAUCCGGUCCAGAUAAAACAACAAAUUCUCAGAAAUAGUACACAAAUCUAGUAGCCCCAAUUCCAGCGCCGGGUGUCAUGCAACGCUCUCAUAAAUUGGGAGAUUUAGCCCUCGGAUCUUUGGAACGUCACACAACGCUCUCGUCAGUUGGGAGAAAUUGCUCUUGGAUCUUUAGGAUGUCAUGCAACGCUUAAACAAAGUAGGCGAGAAGGCGUUCAAAUCUCAAGUUGUAGAAACAUCAUCCACUUCUAACACUUCUUUGAGCAUCAACCUUAUCUAGAAGAUUUGUGAAAUAAGGAUAAUUUGCGAUGAUCCAAUGAGUCUAAACUGUUCAUUCCGUACUGUUAUUUUAUAACAUUUGUAAAGGGUCUAUUUCGUUUGUGGCAAGUAAGUAGCAAGUCCGGGUACAUAAAGGUCGAUCGUUCAUUUCAUUUAUCGUAUGUCGAAGGAAAUUUGAUGUAUACUGAACUGAGCAGAAUUCCAACUUGAAAAAGGUGCGACUUCGUGCAAAAAAAGGAUUUCGAUUUGUCAAUAAAUCGCACUGCUGAGGGCCAAUCUGAUUGCAAGGAUCAGCAGUGAUUUUAAAGUGGAGUGGUCAGGGUGCCCUAAUGUAGAAUAGAAACUUUUUCAGCUUGUGUGCGCAUCUGACAUGAAAUGUUAUCUGUUCUGCGCAUAUAAACUGUCAUUCACGUUCGUUUUUGUUUUCCUAACUCUCUCUUAGUGAGCUGUGUAAGCGUCAGUUUUAUCAACAACUGCAAAAGGCCAAUAAAGAUCUGGAAAACGAUGUCGCCGACAACAUUCAAAGGCUUCAUUAUUUCAGGAAACAUUUACCGAAUGAAGACUAUGGUGCUUAACCAAAGGAAACCAGUUGUAUUUCACGCAGAAGAUCUGGGUUCCAACCAAUCCGAUAAACUUUUACUAGAAGGGCAGGAGUCCCUUUCAAUUCUCCCGUUUGACUGUGAUGACAAAUUUGUUAAUGUUUCAAUUAGCUGUCGGUCUAAACUAAGCUAGAAGAGUAAAUCAAACUUAAGACGUGAUAAACCCUCUCACCCUUUAACUCUUUCACACCGAGUGAUUGGUAUCCAAUGUCUCCUCACAGUAUCUCUUUUGAAUCAAACAUGACGGUUACGAGAAUAAAGGAAAUGAUCGCCAUUUAAAAAAGCUCUUGAUUGUUCAACAAAUUCCUCUUGCUAUUCCCAGAGCCAAUAUAUAGAGAACGGUUUAGAGAAUAUAUAUGCUUAUGUCAAAAUGUAAAGGGUUGAAAAGUAAUUGAGAGGAAAUAAGGGACAGAGAGCAACGCUAUGCGUGUUAGCUAAAAAAUUAUUCAACGGUUCUGUUUAUUGUGGCAAGCUAAGUUUGAAUAGAAAUCGCCUGCGCCGGUAAAUUAUUGCUCAAGAAAUACAAUUUCCUUCUCUUUCGAAGUGGUUUUUCAUUGAAAUUGAAUUACCUGCUCGCUCUUCGCCGUCACAUUGCUUUCAAUUUGAACAUCGUCUUUAGGUUAACCUUCA